CCUUGAGGGGAAGCCUAAAAGGAAAAACUCAAAGAGGACAAUAUCCUCUAACGGUGUUCUUGGGCUGUUACAAAAAUCUUCAAACCUCUCUAGACUAGUCUUCUUAGGCACUAAAGUAACGAACAUACCAUACGUAUGUAUAGCAAUAUUCGAGCCAAAUCGAAAACAUGAUAAACAACUUCAUGAAACUAAUCUCUAAAGCAAGAAAAAAGAGACUAGAAAAUGGUUGCUUGGACGAUGAGACCAGAAAAGAAUGCUAAUAAUACACUUGAAAAGGUUGAAAACAAUGAAUUAGAAGUGCUAACUUGGCUUAAUCCACCUUUACUUUUAGCUUGCCUUCACUGCUUCCCCUCCCUCAAUGCUCUUAAGCUACUCAAUACCGUCCCCACCAUCUAUAUAUAUAUAUCUAUAUAUAUAUAUCUAUGAACUAUAAUGUUUCUCCCAUUCCCCACCAUAACUCAACAUCUAAUCUCUAAUCCCUUUACUCUAAUGGCAACUCCAUCAUCUCUGCUUCUCUCAUUACUAAUAAUUCUGUAUUUAGCUUUGGAAUUCGACAUCGCUCGUUCCGAUCCCGACCCGCUUCAAGAUUACUGCGUAGCCGACCCGAAAGCCUCCACAUCUUCCUUCUUCAAUGGCAUUCCUUGCAUAAACCCUAAUUUAGCUAAUACACAACAUUUCACAACAUCGGCUCUAUCCCUACCUGGAAACACCAAAAACCUAUUCGGAUUCAGCGUUACACUAACAAACACCCAAAAUUUACCUGGAAUCAACACAUUGGGCUUGACAUUGGCUCGAAUCGACAUCGGCGCCAGAGGGAUUGUGCCGCUCCACUCGCACCCGAGAGCCUCGGAAGUGACGAUUUGCUUGAUUGGGCGAAUGGUCGUGGGGUUUGUGGACACUUCGAAUCGGGUGUUUACGAAGAAAUUAGGGCCAGGAGAGUCGUUUGUUUUUCCGAAGGGAUUGGUUCAUUUCAUGUACAAUGAAGAUGUGAAGAACUCGGCCGUUGCGGUUUCUGGCCUGAAUAGCCAGAACCCUGGCGCCCAAUUGGUGGCGUUGGCGGCGUUCGGCUCUAAACCUCAAAUCCCUGAAGAAGUGUUGAAGAAGUCUUUUGAAAUUAGCGAAUGUGAGAUCGCUCAUAUUCGUAAGAGUCUUGGUGGGUGAUGUAUUUAUAUGAAACUAAUUUAUGUAAAAUAACAAUAUGUUGUGUAUACUAUACGGAUAACGUUGUCGUGACAUUAUUGCAAA